CAGAGAGCAAUCAGUUCCAAUCAGGACUUCGAUACGAAGGGUGCUGCAUUGUACGACAUUUGUGGUGGGUGCAUAUAAAUAAAUAAUGUUGUAAAGGAAUUUGGGCGUUCCUAAUACCUGAUAAAACUCGGACAUUUACGCAAAAAAGUGGACAUUGUGAGAAAUUUUAAAUUAUAUUCGAAAUGGGAGUUGUGCUAAGAAAAUGUCUUCUCGUCUUUGUUAUCAUCGGUCCGGCCACAUUUCUUCCGGGAGCUUCCGGAGUGGAACCACGCGACUACGAGGAAGCACUUAAGGAGGAUGAACCUGUAGAAACCGUUCGAGCUUCGGAAUCAUCGACUGAGUAUCCUAACGGCGUAAAUGUGAUCCCUGGAAAUGCUGAUAUUCAUUACCCAACGUAUGACAAGAUUCCGAAAUCUUCAUUUUCUUGCCUUGGUCGCAUCCCAGGGUUCUACGCUGAUGCAGAGCUUCGGUGCCAAGUGUGGCAUAUAUGCGAUGAGACGCAAGUUCAACAAAGCUUCCUGUGCACCAAUGGAACCAUUUAUUCGCAGGACAAACGUGUUUGCGACUGGUGGUACAACGUAAACUGCGACCCUGAAGAAGUGUCGAAGAAUUACGAGCAAAACAAGGAAUUGUACAAAGGGCCUCCACCCAAGGACGGAUCAACUUAUGAGGAAGCUACCAGCAACGAUUUGCCACCACCACCCCCACCACACCACAAGAAACAACCCGUCCAACAGCAACAAGAGCCAAGACCUCAACAACAGCGUCCACAACCCCAACAGUCUCAGAGACCGCAAACAUAUGAGCAACAAGCUCAACAACGACCUCAACAGCAAAAUUACAAUCAGCCACCGCCUCCACAUACAUCGAGUCAACAACAGCAAAGAGCUGAAGCACUCAAGGUUCUGGAAAAUUAUGAGCGACAGCAGCAAACCUCCCAAAACUACGAAAAGCCCCAGCAAACACAGCAAGAACAACAGCAAAGAGAACAGCAACGGGCUGAGGCCUUGAAAGUUAUCCAAAAUUAUGAGCAAUCCCAGCAACGGUCCAACUACGAAGCUCCACAAGGUCGAAGGCAACCACCACAAUCACAACAGAAUUAUAUUGCCCCCACUCAACCAGCUCCUCGACCCACCCAAGCAUCCGCUACGCCCGAAAAGAAACGCGUAAUCGUUCUCCGCCUGCCUGGACCACUCCCACCAGGAGCAACUAUCCCACCUCAUAUUCUCAUGGAGUAUGCAGAAUCUGUGUUAGCGGCUGAAAGAUCAGGAAAGGCACCCCCAGCAGGUCUCGUGUCUAAUAAACAGGUAUCAAUCUCUAAUAAUGGUCAACCGACUCGACCUCAGCCACCAAGCCAACCUCAGCAACAACAGCAGCAACAGCAGCAGCAACAGCAACAACAAAGACCUCAGCAGCAACAACAGCAGAGACCUCAACAAGAGCAACAUCACCAGAGACCUCACCCCCAACCUACUCCACAACCUCAAUAUCAGGAACAACCAUCUCCGCAACAACAGGGUGGGUCACCCCCAAAGAAACAGACGCCACGCGGACCUAUUCUCCCAUACACACCUCGACCAUUUAGCGCAUUCUUGGAGGAUGCUGUGAGGCAUAAUGGUCAGUCGAAAUCGUCUACGUCUGCACCUCCGCAACAACAACAGCAGCAGACUCAUAGGCAACAACAAAACCAACAACCAUCUACUCCCAUUCCCAGCCAACCCCCGCAGCAGCAACAGCAGCAGCAACAAAGACGGUAUGAAGAACCAAGACCUUCGUCAACUCCCACUCAAAGACCCCAACCUCAGCAAAAUUACGAGCAACAACAACCCCAACAGAGACGACCACAACAACAACAACAACGUCAGCCGUCUGUUCAAGAACAAUCGUAUCAAGAAGAAGAUCAAUCGCGUCCUCAGCAACCAGCACCAGUUCCACCGCAGAAUAAAAAAGUCCCCACAGUUCAAUACAAACCCUCCAAAGCCAGUCAUUCACAACCCCCCACCGAUUCCAAAAAAUUUAGACACUCAACCCCCAGAAAGCAUGGAGAGAUAAAGUUUGCUCCAAAGAGUUCCGUUUCCUUCGAUGAUCUUUCUUUGGACGAUGAACGUCAGGUGCAUGAGGAGAGCCGAAGACCAGCUUAUUUCAACAACUUUCAACAUGUUCCCCAUUUAUCUCAAGAUGUGUCCACCGCACCGACUUAUCAAACACAGCCACCCCCGCCAAAGGCAGAUGUUCAUCUCAAGUCCAGUUUCGAGUUUGAGAAAGUCCGAUCGGAACGUGUAUUUCACGAAAAGAAACAACAUCGUGAGCCGCCAACUGUGGCCCCAGAACGCUAUCUAACUCCCGACGAGAUAAAUGAACCAGCCAUUAAACGAUUGGUUGUUGCUGCCGGUUUGAAAAUUAAAGACCCACGAAACAAACAGUUGACAACCCCUGCCCCAUCGUCAGGAUCGUCUGAGGAGAGUUACAACAGAGAAAGGAACUAUGAACCAGUGAGGGUUAUCGUGGCUCGAAAGUCAACCACUACUCAAGCUCCGGAGAUUAAUUAUCAAUCACCCACAACCAGUGUCCCAAUCACCCGUCCCCAACAACCAACAAAACAGAGGCAUGAAAAAUCUCGCCCACAGAAUACGCCACACCAAGAGGAGCUACCAACGACUCCACAACAAGUUAUUUCGAACAAACCCACGCCACGAGGACCCGUCCUCCCAUACACCCCGAGGCCAUUCAGCGCAUUCUUGGAGGAUGCUUCCAGACAUAACGGUUUUGCAAAAACCAGAUCAACAGCAUCCCCACAACCUCCACAGGAACAAAUUCUUGCAGAGCAAGCUUAUGAGGAGACCACACCAAGAGUCGUCAUGAGAAGAGUUAUCCGCAAAAAAAUCAGGACCAAUCAAAACAAGAACAUUGCCAAUGUUGUUUCUGAACAACCAGAAGUUCAGCAUCAGCCACAAGUUGUUCAUAACAUUCCGAGGUCCACCACGCUACUUCCAACCACGACGACGAGACCAACGACCAAACUUUCCACCACUUCCACCACACCAUAUUAUCAGCCUGAUGAAGAUGAGAACUAUGAACCAACCAAGGCCACCAGGAAUUUUGGAUUUGAUGUGUACGGAAGAACUGAAGACGACGACGAGGAAGAAGAACUCGUCCGCGCCGCACAAGAGUACUACCAAUUCAGCGAGGAUUACGGAAAGAGACAUCGAGGUUAAAGAUGGGAAAUGUAUCUAAAAUAAGAUAUUGGAAAAGUAUUGCAUAAAAAUUAAAUUCAGCACAGAAAACAGUUAUCUACAUACUCCAAACUUUCCACGCGUCGUCACAACUUUUCAUGUGUUAAACGAGUUUAAGUCAUUUUAUAUUUUUGUAAGUUUUACAGUCAGUAAGUAUUUUCGUAAUAAAUGUAAGUUAAUGUUUUAAAUACUGUACAAAUUACGUAAAAGAAAAUAAUAAAGAAAAAAACAAUACAACAAAA